AUAAAACAAAAAAAAAAAGAAAUCAAAACAUGACCGAGAGGAGAGAGAGAUAAGAAAAGUAGGACGUUGAUUGGGAGGGAGAGAGAAACAAGUACAAAGAAAAGAGGAGUUUUUUUCUUUGCUUUCUUUGCUUGAGAAUUGAGAGAGGGAAGGGAAAGGAAAGGGAGACCAAGAAACGGUUUCACGAUCCAAAUCUGAGAGAGAAGAAAGGCAAUGAAGAAGCAGGGCGGAGCAUCGCAAUCGACGGCAGCAACAAAGCCGGCGACCACGGUGUUGCCGUAUCAAACCCCAAAACUGAGAGACCAUUACCUUAUUGGGAAGAAGCUGGGGCAAGGACAAUUUGGGACGACCUACCUCUGUACCCAAAAGUCCACGGGCGCCCAGUACGCCUGCAAGUCCAUCCCCAAGCGGAAGCUGCUGUGCAAGGAGGACUACGAGGACGUUUGGAGGGAGAUUCAGAUCAUGCACCACCUGUCCGAGCACCCGCAUGUGGUGCGGAUCGAAGGGACCUAUGAGGACUCCGUGUUCGUGCACUUGGUCAUGGAGCUCUGCGCUGGGGGCGAGCUGUUCGAUAGGAUUGUCCAGAAGGGGCAUUACAGUGAGAGAGAGGCCGCGAAGCUCAUAAAGACCAUCGUUGGGGUGGUGGAGGCUUGUCACUCUCUUGGGGUCAUGCACAGGGAUCUCAAGCCUGAGAAUUUUUUGUUUGAUACUCCUGCUGACGAUGCCAAGCUCAAGGCCACCGAUUUCGGCUUGUCUGUCUUCUACAAGCCAGGAGAAGCCUUCUGUGAUGUUGUUGGAAGUCCCUAUUAUGUUGCACCUGAGGUAUUGAAAAAGCGUUAUGGACAUGAAUCAGAUGUAUGGAGUGCUGGUGUUAUCCUUUACAUCUUAUUAAGCGGAGUUCCUCCUUUUUGGGCUGAAACUGAAACGGGAAUCUUUAGACAGAUUUUACAAGGCAAACUAGAUUUUGAUUCUGCACCAUGGCCUAAUAUUUCAGAAAGUGCAAAAGAUUUGAUAAGAAAGAUGCUUGAGAGGGACCCAAUAAAAAGAAUUUCUGCCCAUGAAGUCGUAUGUCACCCAUGGAUUGUGGAUGACAGAGUUGCUCCAGACAAGCCUCUGGAUUCUGCAGUUUUGUCACGGCUGAAGCAGUUCUCAGCAAUGAAUAAACUUAAAAAGAUGGCUCUGCGUGUCAUAGCAGAAAAACUUUCAGAGGAAGAAAUUGGUGGUCUGAAAGAGUUGUUCAAUAUGAUUGACACAGACAAUAGUGGAACAAUAACAUUUGAGGAGCUUAAAGAGGGUUUGAAAAGAGUGGGCUCUGAACUAAUGGAAUCUGAGAUCAAGUCCCUUAUGGACGCGGCUGAUAUAGACAACAGUGGAUCAAUAGACUAUGGUGAAUUUCUAGCUGCUACUUUGCACAUAAAUAAGAUGGAGAGAGAGGAGAAUCUGACUGCAGCCUUCUCCUAUUUUGACAAAGAUAGUAGUGGUUAUAUCACCAUUGAUGAGCUUCAACAGGCUUGCAAAGAGUUUGGUCUAGGUGAUGUCCAACUGGAUGAGAUAAUUCAAGAAAUUGAUCUAGACAAUAAGGAAUGGUUUUGGAACUAAUACCUACCCAAAAAAAAAAAAUGGUAUUGGAACUACUAGUUUCAAAGUAAGAUGGUCCCGAUGGUCCUGGCUUUCUUUGUUUUCGUUAUUUGUUGCUUACCACUUUCUGUUUUUGCUUUUUUUAACAGCUUUCUUUUUCCCUCAUAGGAGAACACAGAAUUGAAUCUGUGACCUCAUCCUCCACCCUGUACUUUAUACUUAAGAGGAAGGAGAUGCCAUUUGGUCCAAAGACCAUUGGCUUUUCCCUUGUUUUGGAGUUCAAGGUUUGGGUCAAAUUAAUUCUGUAGGCAAACUCUCAUAUAGUAUUUUGUAAAUAUAUGUACCUUUUGGGAACUCGAACGUGCAAUUAGCCAAUCAGGUAUUGCUUGAAGCUUUUUCAUGGAAUUUGGGUUGCAAGAUAAAAUUUUAAAAGAGGUUCGGAGAACCCUUCAACCUCACCUCACCUCACCUCACCUCACCUCUUUCUAGAGUCGGUGACUGAAAAUUUUGAUUAUGGUUUUGUGAUUGAAAACUUUGAGGGCAAGAUGUAUCUUAACAGAAACAUGUUCUUUUAGACUCAAGGGAUGAACAUUAAUCUUAAGUAUCACCAGUGGUGUAUUCUUGUUAAUCUGACCCACAAGCAGCUGCUCAGAGAAUGAAGCAGUUUAAAGGGGCUGCUUUUGUAUGAACUGAGUAUUAUUUGUUAUUGUUGGUCAAUCAUUUUGUCAACAAUUAACAAAUUCAGUCAAAUUGAUUGCUUCAAAAAAAUUAGGGGGCAAAAUUUGUGUUCCAGUAAUGAGAAUGCCAUGUAGUUCCAGAAUUCGAGAGGAUUGAGAUGCCGAUAGAUGUGAUAGAUGUACUGCAAGAACUUCUUAAAGGUUUCCAUUUUUAUUGUGGUGUUUUCAGAAGUGGGAUGGGGAUGGGAGGGGUUACGGUUGUUAUCUUGGUUUUCUAGCCCAUGGCAAUGGAGAAAGAGGCCUUGAUAGAUAAUUGAAAGUAGAGAAAUGCUUUGAACAGAUAAAGGUGAUAUAGUCAAAGUUGACUUAUCAAAAAAAAAAAGGUGAUAUAGUCAAAGUGUGUGUGUGUGUGUGAGAGAGAGAGAGAGAGAGAG